GGGAGGGGCAGAUUGGUCAAAGCGCGUGGAACACCUUAAACCUCCAGGAUGGUCUGAUUGCAAUUCCAGUCUUCACUUUUGUCUCCGGGGUUCAAUCUCUGUUAUACCUUUUCCGAUUCCCAUCUGAAUCCAAUUCCGAUUCUAGUUCUGGUUCCGACGCCGAAGUUGAUUCACUUGAAUUUCGCAGUCCUUCACUGCUCCGAUCUCGUCUUUUUCAGCUCUGGUGUCGGGGGAGCUCGGCUUUGUCGGAAAUGGCCAAGCGCGGAUAUAAGCUGCAGGAAUUUGUGGCUCAUACUACAAAUGUGAACUGUCUAAAUAUUGGAAAGAAGGCGUGCCGACUUCUUAUAUCUGGAGGAGAUGAUCAUAAAGUGAAUCUUUGGGCGAUCGGGAAGCCUACUUCUUUAAUGAGCCUGUGUGGUCACACAAGUCCAGUUGAAUCUGUAACUUUUGAUUCAGCAGAGGUUUUGGUGGCUGCUGGAGCUUCUACUGGUGUGAUUAAGCUGUGGGACUUGGAAGAAGCAAAGAUGGUUCGCACUCUUACUGGACACAGGUCCAAUUGCACUGCUGUCGAAUUCCAUCCAUUUGGGGAAUUUUUUGCUUCUGGUUCGCUUGACACUAAUCUAAAAGUCUGGGACAUCAGAAAGAAAGGAUGCAUUCACACAUACAAGGGCCAUACUCGAGGAAUUAGUACUAUUAGAUUCACUCCUGAUGGUCGUUGGGUAGUUUCUGGUGGAUUCGACAAUGUUGUAAAGGUAUGGGAUCUUACUGCUGGAAAGCUCUUGCAUGAUUUUAAAUUCCAUGAAGGACAUAUUCGAUCCAUAGACUUCCAUCCCCUUGAGUUUCUUUUGGCCACAGGUUCAGCAGAUAGAACUGUAAAAUUCUGGGAUUUGGAAACCUUUGAACUGAUUGGAUCUGCCAGACCUGAGGCUACUGGAGUACGCUCAAUUACCUUUCACCCUGAUGGAAGAACACUAUUUUGUGGACUAGAUGAUAGUUUGAAGGUUUAUUCAUGGGAGCCUGUAGUUUGUCAUGAUGCUGUUGAUAUGGGUUGGUCAAUCCUGGGUGACAUCUGUAUUCAUGAAGGAAAACUUUUGGGUUGCUCAUACUAUCGAAACUCUGUUGGAGUUUGGGUGGCAGAUAUUUCGCAAAUUGAGCCAUAUGGAUCUGGUUUGUUAUCCAAGAAAAAUGGCUGUGUGGAGAGGAAAUUUGAUCUCCAGGAAAGUCAUUCUGUUGAGAAAGUAGGGAGUAGUGUAAGAUCUACUUCAGGGUUGCGUAGCAUGUCUCCAGAUUAUGACACUAAAGAGAUAAAGAACAUAUAUGUGGAUUCUUCUGGUGGAAACUCUGUUGCUUCACAAAAAGUGAGGUCUUUUAACACUCCCAAGGUUUUAUUCCCAUCGGAUUCCGAGGAAAUAACAAACCUUCCAACUCAGAAGCACAGUCCUGGAGUAGGCUUGCAUGCCAAGACUCAGGGGCGAGCAAUUACUAGAUCAUUUGUUGUGCCAAGUAUUGUAACUCGGGAUAACUCUGAUGGAAAGGACCUAGCCAAUUCUAGAAGAGAAUCUAUCACCCCUGCAAGAGCUAAUACUGGCAUGUCACUCAAGACGUCUCAUAUACGGAGGCCUUUGAAUAGCAAAUAUGAGGCAGAGAGGCUGUUGAUGGCUGUUGAAUCUGGAUCUUUUGACAGUAUGCCAAAUGAUUUAGAUAGUGCGAUGAAGCAAAACUUCCAUUCCAGGCUUGUAGUAGACGAUGAAGCUAGUGAAUCUUGUGAGGAGAAAAAUUCUAAUAUCACAAGUGUUGCUGAGAAGUUUGAAAAAGUUUUAUCACCACAGGCAUCCUCUAAUCAGGAAAACAGCAAUGAGUCCCUCAAUGACAACAAAAGAAUAAACUCCAUCAAAAUUGUCAAUGGAGUGGCAGUUGUAGCAGGAAGAACACGAAGUUUGGUUGAGAGGUUUGAAAGACGAGAAAAAUUCAAUAGCAAUGAAGAUCAAACAACUAAUGUUUCCUCCGACAUGAUGCCUGAAAGACAAGAAAGGUUCAAUAGCAAUGAUGAUCAGACAACUAAAGUUUCCUCUGAAAUGAUGCCUGAAACAGCUAGAACAUCUCCCAUGCUGAAGGGACAACCCCAGAUCUCUGGAAGGGAGUCAACAGCUGCUAGUGAGGAGAAUACCAUCAAAGAUGUAAUUCAAAAUCAUGAUUUAUUUAUAAGUACACUUCGAUCCCGCCUGACAAAAUUACAGGUGGUGCGGCAUUUUUGGGAACAGAAUGACGUUAAGGGUGCCAUCAAUGCCUUGAGGAAAUUGCCUGAUCAUUCUGUGCAAGCAGAUGUGGUCAGUGUUCUCAUGGAGAAAAUGGAAAUUCUCACAUUAGAUCUAUUUUCUUGUUUGCUGCCUGUGCUCAUGAGCUUAUUGGAUAGCAACUUAGAAAGGCAUGCAAAUCUCUCACUUGAUAUGCUACUGAAGCUUGUAGCAGUCUUUGGGCCUGUAAUACACUCAGCCAUUUCUGCUCCUCCAGCUAUUGGUGUCAAUCUUCAGGCAGAGCACAGGCGUGAAUGUUGCAAUCAGUGCUUUAUCCAGCUACAGAAGAUCCAGAAGAAUCUUCCAGUAAUUAUAAGGAGGGGUGGUUUGCUGGCAAAAUCAGCUCAGGAAUUGAAUCUAGUGCUUCAAGAAUCAUAACCAAAGUUGCUGUUCCAUCCUGUUCUUGCCAAAAGCCUAAGGGUGUUGCUGGGCUGUUACAGUUCUACCCUCCGAGUAAUAAUUUCUCAGACCUCACAAUUUUGUCUCGCUGCUUUCCACCUUUUGCUACCACCAUUUUUAUGCCCCUGUCCAUAACUAGCAAGUACAGCUACGAGAGUUUUGUAAGGCAAAAGCUUAAAGACUCAUCUUUAAGCUGGUCUUUGUGGCGGUGUGUAAGAGCCAUCUAAUCUCAAUUCUUUGAUUAUGGACACUAUCGAUUUGUACAUCUAGUGUUUUGUAUGUAGUUACAUUUGAUAUACACGACUUUGUAUACUGAGCUUGCAAUAUUCAAUGAAAUAUAUUUGGCCCUCUAAA